AUGGAAUACCCUCCGCAGUACCAGCAACAAUCUCACCAUCCACAUCUGCAGGGCGGUUAUCAGACCUCCCCUCAAAGUGCUGGACCCGGCUCCCUGCAAUCACCUUCCGGGCCUCAGUCGCAUUUGCAGCAACACAACCCGAAUCAAGCCUCUCCCAUCCUUCCCUCGCAAACUCAAAACCAUUACACCCCUCAGUCUGCUGGUGGUGUCCAUCAAUCGAUGGGUUACCCUCAGUAUGGCGUGAGCACUGGCAUGACACAAGGUUAUGGAAUCUCGCCCACCCAAGCCGCGGCCAUGGCGACCGCGGCAGCUUCCGGACAAAUGCCAUCCAUGGCCACGGGUGUUAAUAUCCCCCAAGCGAAUCAAAUGAAUCAGCAGCGACGAAUGAGCCAGCACAUUACUAGUCCUCACGGGCAAGUCUCGCAGCCAGUCAUGAAUCACAACAUUCCUCGACAAUCGGUUCCGCCUACAAUGCCUCCACCUCAACAACCUGUGCAAGCUCCACAAGAAGAAAUUGUUGCCGGUGGUGCUGAGGAAUCACCACUGUAUGUGAACGCAAAACAGUUUCACCGCAUUCUCAAGAGACGUGUUGCUCGACAGAAGCUCGAAGAGCAACUAAGGUUGACUUCCAAGGGUCGCAAACCCUACUUGCACGAAUCGAGACAUAACCAUGCAAUGCGACGCCCUCGUGGACCCGGAGGUAGAUUCUUGACAGCGGAUGAGGUCGCCGCUCUGGAGAAAGGUGAAAAUCCUCUUGGUGAAAAUGGCACCCCUGCCAUCAAGGACUCCAAAAGUGCCACAUCAGGCACCAAAAGAAAGGCUGGAAACCUAGACCAUGAAACUCCCAGCAAGAAGAACAAAGUUGCCAGUGAAAGCGCUGAUGAGGAUGACGAUGAAGAUGGUGAAGAGGAUUUGGGUUGA